GAAAAAUUCAUUCACAAGAAGCUCGCGCUACAGAACACAAGUCGGAAUAGUUGGUGUAUACUCUCGUCAAAUCAGAUUUGUAAUCCUGCUGUGUAGUAGAAAACCUACAAUCACAUUGGUGGCCAUUCAGUGCUGAUAGAGACGUUGUGUCUAGCCGAAAAGUGACUUUCGUAGUUGAUGCAAUCGAAGAAGGGUAUUGCAGUGGUAUUUGGAAUCUAUUCGUGGCAUUUGCGUUCAAUUUGCAACUUCGUGUCCUAAAAACUAUCCAGUGUUGAAAAAUGGCACAAAUAGUUCAAGUGUGUAAUGUUGCCUUGGUUGUUUUAAUACUGCUUAGCGGCAGUCAAGUGUCAGAACAGGCAUCCACAUUACUACAGGAUCUGUCACGAUUUACUCGAGCCAUCGAUGCACAAGAAGAAAAAUGCACAGAUAAUACAGCUUGUGGAUGGGCGAUUUAUAAACCGUUCACUAGAGCAAUCGAAAACUAUAUGCGAAAUACAUGCACUUGCCCAGAACAUAUGAAAUGCAUUCGUACCGAUGACGAUUUGUCCAUCAGUGCGUUCGUCUACCGGUGCAGGAAAAUGCAGAGCUAGGAUGCGUUCUCGCCUGAACAACUGAACGACUCCUUUUGGACCACGCUUCCGUCUGUACAAUAGUUCUUAAAAUAACCAUUCAGUUCUUCUACUAUAAGCUUUACACUAUUUAAAAACCUCCCUCACCUGCUAUUUAAUUUAUAUUUUAUGGAAAUAUGUAUGUUUCAUUCGAAUAACAUUCAGUCAUUAUUUAAAAACAACUACAGGAUCAACAUACGGUAAUGACCUUUUCACGAUUAUGUUUACUAGAAAAUCCUGUAGAACUCAAUCCAUCUACAAGUAACAGAAAAUAGCUUCUAAGUGAAAGAAAUGAAAAGACACAAGACAGUAAAAAUAACUAUUAGUUUGUAAGAAUUGUCAAACAGUUCCUUUGUAAAAUGGAUUAGUAAUCAAUGUUAAUUAGCAGUUAAUUUGUAACACGUUUAUAAAACGUCUACGAAAAACACUAAAAUCUCUUUUUAAAAGAUCCCAGUUAAUUUAUACCAACAAAUCUAUUCUAUACCAUCAGAAAUAACAAAUUAUUCGGGUUAUUCGCUACUAUGGUCACCUAUGCUAACAUGUCAGAAAUAAUUGCGAAAGUAAUAGCAUACAACUAAGACGUAUCCCAUCGAUCUAUCACUUCAUAUACCGUACAGAUAAAUACUCCAUUCACAUCAAUUGACAUUUCUGGCGACACAUAAUAAGUGGUUAAUGUUAUAUUUUGAUUAGAAACAGCAGACACGACGACGAAACGCAGCUAUUGUAGUGUUAGAAACGUACUUAAAAUUUUACCCAUGAGCUUUCCGUAUUACCCUCCAACCUGCUACAGAAAGCGCGCAAAUUAACAUUGAUACUAAAAAAAGAAAACAACCCAGCCGGACCACUCUUUCUGGUUUAUCAGUAGCAGUACAGUGCAGUAUUCACAAUACCAACAGCCACAGUUGUCAUAUACAUUCAAGAAUUUAUGAUCAACAUACACUAUAGUGCCAAAGCCACAUUGGUAUCGCCUAUCACUGGACACUCAAAGAAUGUAAAUCAGUAUUUGAAGAAAUAGAAAAAUUUACGCACAUCAUCAGAACAUUAUCGCUACAAAUAAAGAGACAACUUUUUAUAAAAAAUAAUGAACUAGAUUAAGCUUGAUAUUUGUUACGACUGUUUCAGACAUGUUGUAUUGAUAAUGAUGAUUUUGACAAGGUAAAAUAAAUAAAUUGAUUAAACGAA